AUACCACCUGUUACUGCCCAUCAAAGCCACAUACAAGUGCCCAUCAGUGCACAUCAAAGCCACUUACAAGCUGCCUUUCAGUGCAGCUAUCAGUGUCAGUCAGUGCCGCCUAUGAGUGCCAGUCAGUGCUGCCAAACAGUGCCACCUAUCAGUGCCAGUCAGUGCCGCCUAUCAGUGCUCAUCAGUGCUGCCUAUCAGUGCCAGUCAGUGCCGCCUAUUAGUGCCGCCUAUCAGGGCCCAUCAGUGCUGCCUAUCAGUGCCAUAUAUGAGUGCUGCCUUUCAGUACCCAUCAGGUGAUGCCUGUCAAUGCCCACCAGUGCCACCUAUCAG